CGGGCAACGACGACGACCUGACCAUCCCCAGGGCUGCCAUCAACAAGAUGAUCAAAGAAACGCUCCCCAACGUUCGCGUGGCAAACGAUGCCCGGGAGCUGGUGGUAAACUGCUGCACUGAAUUCAUCCACCUCAUCUCCUCCGAGGCCAACGAGAUCUGCAACAAAUCGGAGAAGAAGACCAUCUCCCCAGAGCAUGUCAUACAGGCACUAGAAAGUUUGGGGUUUGGCUCCUAUAUCAGUGAAGUAAAAGAAGUCUUACAAGAAUGCAAAACAGUAGCACUAAAGAGAAGAAAGGCAAGCUCACGCUUGGAGAACCUUGGCAUUCCGGAAGAGGAGCUUCUAAGACAGCAACAGGAAUUAUUUGCAAAAGUGAGUGAAGCAAUACUUGUAUUGAUGAG